AUACUGGGCUACUACUCAAUUGAAUGUUGAUGCCACUGCCUCAGGAGAAAAGAGAAUUCUCCAACUGAAUGAAAUGGAUGAAUUUAGAUUAAAUGCUUAUGAAAAUGCCAAGCUGUAUAAAGAACAAAUGAAGAGAUGGCAUGAUAAGCAAAUUUCAGAUAGGCAGUUUUUUGAGGGACAACAGGUCCUGCUCUUUAAUUCUAGGCUAAAAUUCUUCCCGGGAAAGUUAAAGUCUAGGUGGUCUGGUCCAUUUAAGGUAACAAAAGUCCAUUUACAUGGUGCAGUGGACAUUUUAAAUGAGAAAGAUGGGACCAAGUUCACUGUCAAUGGUCAAAGGCUUAAAAAUUAUUUGGGGGAGGGAAUUGAGAAAGCUCAAAUCUCAAUAUCUCUUGCUGACCCUCCCACCAUUUAA